UGUGGGCCACUUGGCUAAUGGCGUCGGCGAAUCUGUGGGGUUCGGGGAGCCGGCGCUGAAGCUUGUGACGACCGGUGUGUCUGGGCCCCGCGGCAGCGGGAGGGACCUGCCCGCUUAGUGGGCUCCUCGGCCGGAGCCGGCGGGGCCUAGCGGGGAGGGCGACUGCAGGGGCAACGCGGAGAGGAGCCGGGGGAGUUGCGAGGAGGCUGCCGGAGGCACUCGGGCUCGCUCCGGUGGGCAGUCCAGGCCCCGUGGAGUCCCCGCGGAGCCCCAGAGGCGGGCUGCGGGAGGGCCGGAGGUGGCUGGGGGCAGUUGCCUGUCGCCCCCGGGAGCUGACAGUGCCGGAGUUCGUUUGCGCCGCUCGGAAAUUGGCUCGGCACUUGGUGGAUCAUGUCCAGCACCAACAGCCCCGAAGCGGUCAAGAAGCUGCUGGAGAACAUGCAGGGCGACCUGAGGGCCCUGUCCCUGGAGUGCAAGAAGAAAUUCCCACCUGUCAAGGAGGCUGCUGAAUCAGGAAUAAUAAAAGUUAAAACAAUAGCUGCACGAAACACCGAAAUUUUGGCAGCAUUAAAAGAGAACAGCUCAGAGGUUGUUCAGCCUUUUCUAAUGGGUUGUGGAACCAAGGAACCGAAGAUCACUCAGCUAUGUUUGGCCGCCAUUCAGAGACUCAUGUCACAUGAAGUUGUAUCUGAGACUGCAGCUGGAAAUAUAAUUAACAUGCUUUGGCAGCUAAUGGAAAAUAGUCUUGAAGAACUUAAGCUACUUCAAACAGUUCUUGUUCUUUUAACAACUAAUACAGUAGUUCAUGACGAGGCACUCUCUAAGGCAAUUGUUCUUUGUUUUCGACUACAUUUCACAAAAGAUAAUAUUACCAAUAAUACAGCUGCUGCUACAGUGCGACAAGUUGUUACUGUUGUUUUUGAGAGGAUGGUUGCUGAAGAUGAACGACACAGAGAUAUUAUAGAACAACCAGCACUGGUUCAAGCCAAUAGUAACAGAAGAUCUGUCAGUACUCUCAAGCCUUGUGCUAAAGAUGCAUAUAUGCUUUUCCAGGAUCUUUGUCAAUUGGUUAAUGCUGAUGCUCCUUACUGGCUAGUAGGCAUGACAGAAAUGACUCGAACAUUUGGCCUUGAAUUACUUGAGUCAGUCCUGAAUGAUUUUCCACAAGUCUUUUUACAACACCAGGAAUUUAGUUUCCUCCUAAAAGAAAGAGUAUGUCCUCUUGUGAUAAAGCUCUUUUCUCCAAAUAUAAAGUUCAGACAAGGUUCCAAUACUUCAUCUUCUCCAGCACCAGUUGAAAAACCAUAUUUUCCUAUCUGCAUGCGUUUGCUGAGAGUUGUAUCUGUUCUGAUUAAGCAAUUUUACAGUCUUUUGGUAACUGAAUGUGAGAUAUUUCUGUCACUUCUGGUGAAAUUUCUGGAUGCAGAUAAACCACAGUGGCUACGAGCUGUUGCAGUAGAAUCAAUACACAGACUCUGUGUGCAGCCCCAGCUAUUAAGGUCAUUUUGUCAGUCCUAUGAUAUGAAACAACAUUCUACCAAGGUUUUUCGUGAUAUUGUGAAUGCACUGGGCUCUUUUAUCCAAUCAUUGUUUCUUGUCCCUCCUACUGGAAAUCCUGCUACUGCAAACCAAGCUGGAAACAAUAAUGCAGGUGGCACUGUCUCAGCACCAGCUAACCCGGGAAUGUUGGGGAUUGGUGGAGGUGUUACUUUACUACCAGCCUUUGAAUAUAGAGGAACUUGGAUACCUAUUCUGACUAUAACAGUACAAGGCAGUGCUAAAGCAACAUACCUAGAGAUGUUGGACAAAGUUGAGCCCCCAACUAUACCAGAAGGUUAUGCCAUGUCUGUGGCAUUCCAUUGUUUGCUAGACCUUGUCCGUGGCAUCACUAGUAUGAUUGAAGGAGAGUUGGGAGAGACUGAAAUGGAAUGUCAGACUAGCAGUGAAGCCGCUUCUUCAACAACACAGUCAUCAGAACAGCAAGAAUUACAGUCAACAGCAGAUGAAAUGGAUAAGGAAAUAGUUAAUAGAGCUGUUUGGGAAGAAAUGGUGAAUGCCUGCUGGUGUGGUCUACUUGCUGCUCUCUCACUCCUUCUUGAUGCCAGCACAGAUGAAGCUGCCACUGAGAAUAUUUUAAAAGCUGAACUGACUAUGGCUGCUCUUUGUGGAAGAUUGGGCCUAGUAACUUCAAGAGAUGCCUUUAUAACUGCAAUAUGCAAAGGUUCCCUGCCUCCCCAUUAUGCUCUUACUGUGUUGAAUACCACCACUGCAGCCACCCUUUCCAAUAAAUCAUAUUCCAUUCAGGGCCAAAGUGUUAUGAUGAUAAGUCCAUCAAGUGAAUCUCACCAGCAAGUAGUGGCAGUGGGUCAGCCACUAGCAGUCCAGCCUCAAGGAACAGUAAUGUUAACAUCCAAAAAUAUCCAGUGUAUGAGGACUUUACUUAACUUGGCACACUGUCAUGGGGCUGUUCUUGGAACAUCGUGGCAACUUGUCUUGGCAACUCUACAGCAUCUUGUAUGGAUUCUGGGAUUAAAGCCUAGUAGUGGUGGUGCCUUGAAACCUGGGAGAGCUGUAGAAGGACCCAGUACAGUUCUAACAACAGCAGUGAUGACAGAUUUACCAGUGAUUUCCAAUAUACUUUCAAGAUUGUUUGAAAGCUCACAGUACCUUGAUGACGUAUCAUUGCACCAUUUAAUAAAUGCGCUUUGCUCCUUAUCCGUAGAAGCAAUGGAUAUGGCCUAUGGAAAUAAUAAGGAACCCUCUCUUUUUGCUGUUGCUAAAUUGUUAGAAACUGGUCUAGUUAACAUGCACCGAAUAGAAAUUCUAUGGAGACCUCUAACUGGUCAUCUACUUGAGGUCUGCCAGCAUCCAAAUUCUCGAAUGAGAGAAUGGGGAGCAGAAGCUUUAACUUCACUUAUUAAAGCAGGGUUAACAUUUAACCAUGAUCCUCCACUUUCACAAAACCAGAGACUGCAGUUGCUUUUAUUGAACCCAUUAAAGGAGAUGUCCAAUAUUAACCAUCCAGAUAUCCGACUCAAGCAACUAGAAUGUGUGUUGCAAAUUUUGCAGAGUCAGGGAGAUAGUCUUGGACCUGGAUGGCCAUUAGUGCUUGGAGUCAUGGGAGCAAUCAGAAAUGACCAAGGAGAAUCCUUGAUACGAACUGCAUUUCAGUGUCUUCAGUUGGUUGUGACAGAUUUUCUACCAACAAUGCCUUGUACUUGCCUGCAAAUAGUUGUAGAUGUUGCAGGUAGCUUUGGACUUCAUAAUCAAGAACUUAAUAUUAGUUUAACUUCAAUAGGUUUAUUGUGGAAUAUUUCAGAUUAUUUUUUCCAAAGAGGAGAAAUUAUUGAAAAAGAAUUAAAUAAAGAAGAAGCAGCACAGCAAAAGCAGGCAGAAGAGAAAGGGGUUGUUUUAAAUCGGCCAUUCCACCCUGCACCACCAUUUGAUUGCCUUUGGUUGUGUCUUUAUGCAAAAUUGGGUGAACUAUGUGUGGACCCCCGACCUGCUGUCAGGAAGAGUGCAGGGCAAACUCUGUUUUCAACAAUUGGUGCACAUGGGACCUUAUUACAGCAUUCAACAUGGCACACUGUUAUUUGGAAGGUUCUCUUUCAUCUGUUGGACCGAGUUCGAGAGUCUUCUACCACUGCAGACAAAGAAAAGAUUGAAUCCGGAGGUGGCAAUAUUCUCAUUCAUCAUUCAAGGGACACAGCAGAGAAGCAGUGGGCUGAGACAUGGGUUUUAACAUUGGCCGGAGUAGCAAGAAUCUUCAACACUAGAAGAUAUUUACUGCAACCUUUAGGAGACUUUUCAAGAGCAUGGGAUGUUCUUCUUGACCAUAUACAAUCAGCAGCACUCAGCAAAAACAAUGAAGUAUCUCUGGCUGCACUGAAAAGCUUCCAGGAAAUUUUACAGAUUGUGUCCCCUGUCAGAGACUCAGAUAAGCCUGAGACACCGCCUGCAGUUAAUGUACCUGUGUCUGUCCUUGUAGCUCUCUACCAACAUAUAAAAACUGGUUUCAACAUGGAUGACCUGCAAAAAUUGGGGGUCAUAUUGCACAGUGCUGUUUCUGUCCCAAUAAGUUCAGAUGCAUCUCCUUUUAUUCUUCCAUCUUAUACUGAAGCAGUUUUGACAAGUUUACAGGAAGCUGUACUUACAGCUUUAGAUGUUCUCCAAAAGGCUAUCUGUGUAGGACCAGAAAACAUGCAGAUAAUGUAUCCAGCUAUAUUUGACCAGUUACUGGCAUUUGUAGAAUUUUCCUGUAAACCUCCACAGUAUGGACAACUGGAAACAAAGCACAUUGCAAAUGCAAAAUAUAAUCAGAUCCAACUAUUUGCACCGGCAGAAUGGGUAGCCUUGAAUUAUGUACCAUUUGCUGAAAGGUCUUUGGAAGUUGUUGUGGAUUUAUACCAAAAAACAGCCUGUCACAAAGCAGUGGUGAAUGAGAAAGUACUCCAGAAUAUCAUUAAGACCCUUAGGGUUCCUCUCAGUUUGAAGUAUUCCUGCCCUUCUGAAAGCACAUGGAAACUGGCAGUAUCUUCUCUCCUCAAAGUUCUUUCUAUCGGAUUACCGGUUGCCCGGCAGCAUGCUUCUUCUGGAAAAUUUGACAGUAUGUGGCCAGAACUAGCCAAUACUUUUGAAGACUUUCUUUUUACUAAAAGCAUACCUCCGGAUAACCUUUCCAUUCAAGAAUUUCAAAGAAAUGAAAGUAUUGAUGUUGAGGUAGUUCAGCUUAUCAGCACAGAGAUACUACCUUAUGCCAAUUUUAUUCCUAAGGAAUUUGUUGGUCAGAUAAUGACCAUGCUUAAUAAGGGCUCAAUACAUUCUCAGUCAUCUUCAUUUACAGAAGCAGAGAUUGAUAUUCGUUUGAGAGAAGAAUUUUCUAAAAUGUGUUUUGAAACAUUGCUCCAGUUUUCCUUCAGUAAUAAAGUCACAACGCCUCAAGAAGGCUACAUCUCACGAAUGGCACUCUCAGUGCUUUUAAAGAGGUCUCAAGAUGUACUACAUCGCUAUAUAGAGGAUGAAAGAUUAAGUGGUAAAUGCCCUCUUCCAAGGCAACAAGUAACAGAAAUCAUAUUUGUUUUAAAAGCAGUUAGUACUCUCAUUGAUUCACUUAAGAAAACUCAGCCUGAGAAUGUUGAUGGAAAUACCUGGGCACAAGUAAUUGCCUUAUACCCAACUUUAGUAGAAUGCAUCACCUGCUCAUCUUCAGAAGUCUGCUCUGCACUUAAAGAGGCACUAGUUCCCUUUAAGGAUUUCAUGCAGCCACCAGCAUCCAAAGUUCAAAAUGGAGAAUCUUGACCAGCUACAAUAAAUUUAAAGAAGAAAGAUAUCUAAAGAAUAUCUGCUCCUCAGUGAGUCUUCUAUUGGAAGACAUUUCUUACUACAAAUAAUUCUUGGCAGCUGUUGUUGGCCUUCUUUAAAUUGUACUUACCUGAGUUCAGUAGUUCUUAUUACAAGCUUACACGCCAGCAAAGGCUCCUGAAUGAGUAUCAGUGCAAGCCUUUAAUAAUUAAACUGAUUAGGGAGAUGGUUAAUACUAUAGCAUACCUGCUACCAUAUCUUCAACUGGUGAUUUAAA